CUUCCUGUGUACCGGUUGGGCGGCGGCCGCUCGCUGUCCGGAAGCGCCGCAGCCGCCGCUUCGCAUCGCCACGCUCUGAGCCGGACCUCGUGCCGUCACCGCCAGAGCCAACUGCCAACAUGUCCAGCAAAAGGGCAAAGACGAAGACCACCAAGAAGCGCCCUCAGCGCGCCACAUCCAAUGUAUUUGCCAUGUUUGAUCAGUCCCAGAUUCAGGAAUUCAAGGAAGCCUUCAACAUGAUUGAUCAGAACAGGGAUGGCUUCAUUGACAAGGAGGACCUGCACGACAUGCUUGCCUCCCUCGGAAAGAACCCAACAGAUGAAUACCUGGAUGCCAUGAUGAAUGAGGCUCCAGGCCCCAUCAACUUCACAAUGUUCCUCACAAUGUUUGGUGAGAAGCUCAACGGCACUGAUCCAGAAGAUGUCAUCAGGAAUGCUUUUGCUUGCUUUGACGAAGAAGCAACAGGGUUCAUUCAAGAAGACUACCUGCGGGAGCUGCUGACCACAAUGGGAGACAGGUUCACAGAUGAAGAGGUAGAUGAGCUCUACAGAGAGGCACCAAUUGACAAAAAGGGCAAUUUCAACUACAUUGAAUUUACACGCAUCCUUAAACAUGGAGCAAAAGACAAGGAUGACUGAGCAAAUCCCUGGACACCUGCAGAUUCUCUCUACUUUACACUUACGUUUAUUUUUGAGGGUGUUUUCCUGGUAGAACUUGUUGCAUGCAUUUAGCUUUACAACUUUUGCCUUUCUUAAUGUAUUUAUCUAUUCCAGGCCAUUUAGGCUCAACUGCACCUAUAUAAUCAGACUGGAAGUGGGGAAAAUAUUGUAAGGAGAAGGAGAUAGGGGCAAAGAUCAGUGAACUUUUAAGUCCAGGAAAAUAAUCUCAAUGUUUCUGGUUUAGCUGGAUUUUUACAUUUUUUUGUAAUAAAUGCCAUUUUGAAAUAAAGAUUGCUAUAUAGAUUUAAAAAAAAAAAAAAAAAAAAGCCACCUCAUUCUUUUGUCGAGAGAAAUUUCUAUUAUGCAUUUACAAUGCAAGUGUGUUAAUCAUAUUUUAUUUGCAGUUGCAAAUCGAGCUGGAAAACCUGAUACUUAUGGUGCUUUGCUGUCAUUGCAUAGUUAUGAGAUGUGUGCAGCAGUAUAUACGCUGAUAUUUGAAAAUUCAGCUGUUUAAAUGUUAUCUCAGGUUUUUAUAGUGGAUCUGACUGAUGUGAGUAGUUAAUCAAAGAUGUGUUUAGGGAAGACUGUUACAAUUGCCUAAUAGCCAGCAGAGAGCACUUGGGAUUCCUAGGAUCCUAUUCCUUAGGAUUCCUAGGAAAUCAAUGAGGCAGUGCCUGUGCUGGCAGUAGUAAACAGCAGUGCUUGUCCAGAAAACCUACAUAAAGCCUUAUUGUUCUGCAGAUUAAUGCCUUUGAGAAUGACAGUGCUGAGAAUUAACUUGGCAAAACCAUAUCCAAGAUAAAGCCCUUUCACUUCUUAAAUGAUCAUAAAUUUUCUUCAUUUACCUUGAUACUGAUAAAAUGGCUUUCAGGCAAGCAAGAUUCAUUCAAACAGAAGCAGCUGACUUCAAUACUGAGAAAACAGAGUUCAUUCUCUCAGGUCUCCAAAUGACCACAUCCUUUCAUUUGUCUCCUUUUUUUCCUGGCAACUUCAAGCUAAAAGGUGGAAGGGGAAUUUGUCUUGCCAACAUAAUUACCAACUGAAGUUAAGAUCUCUUAUCAAAGAAACUAUUCCCUGAGCUGUUUCACAUUAUUUAAAUGACCCAAAAGAAUAGGAACUUUAGCUUAGGGGCUUGUAAAGGCUGGGCCAGCAUGAAAUGCCCCAGGGUGCAAAUGUUUGUCCAGUUUCCCUUGUGGUAUGGAAGGCUUGCCUUCUGCUCUGGUUUGUAUUGGGAUGGUGGCAGUUCUUGAAAAUGCUCUGGCUCUGUUAGUAUUCCUAACUAAAUAAGUCAGUAUUACAAAGUACGUUCAGUAAAAAUACUUUGAUGUUCAUUCCUGGGUGGUUUCUUCCACUUCUGUGCUUAAUUAUAAUUGGUUUGUAACUACUGCUUUCCUAUUUCCAUUUUAUCUACCUGUCACUUUGCCUCAGUUUGUUUCUUCCUCCUACCCAGACCAUGUGCUUCACUAUACUACCUUAGAGUGCCACAGCUGCUCUUUUCCUCAAAAGAUUGUCCUUAUACUAUUUCCUUCCUCUUGAGUAUGGUUGCUAUGGUGUUUCUCCGUGGAAUGCCUGAAUGAGUCUACCAAAACUGACUUAUUUUCAGUUUUCUUUUAUUCAGAGGCAGUUUUGUGUCAGAAUUUUCACCUGCAAUGCUGCUGUCACAGAGGAAGUGUUGAGAUGAAGGAAACAUUGUAUUGUUGAAAUGUUGCUAUAUAAUAUUAAACUGAGGAGCAGUUAGGCUGUCACUUUGGUCCAAUCUUGUCAUUCAAUAUUAUGUGUAUGUACAGAAGCCUGCAUUAAGGAUAUACCUUCAUUUUGUUGGCGUUUGUUGUUGGUUUUGUUUUUUUUUUAACUCUGGCCAAAUGGUUUAAGAUUUGGAAGAUGUUUUCUCUUCUAUUAGAAACAGCAAGUCUCUGAGCCAUUAUUUUCCUCAUCUCAUCAUCUUAGUAAAUUUUAGGUGUUGGUAUGCUGGGCUCAGUAAGCAAAGAAACCACUUGAAUUUUUCUGCUGGAAAUAAGUUUUGAAAUAGCGAUUUUACAGUUCUAAAUAAAAUCUAUGUAAAAGGGAACCUUGUAUCCUCCUUGAGAGGAAGUUGUUAACCUAAAGUCUGCUGCUGUUAAUUUCUCAAGAGCCAGGCUAACAGGAGAGCGAAGCUGUUUAGUUCCUUGUUGCAGUGUGUGGGUGUUGUGCUGUUGGCCAGUUUUUCUGAUGGGGGUGGCCACAGGAAAAUGUAUUGUGAGAAUACUUGCUUAGGAAGACAUGUUAUUGAGGGAGAAUUUCCAAGCAUUUUCAAGUACAGCUACUGCUGACCAUCCACAGCCACAUUUCCCUACAAUUCUUGUUGUACUAUGGGAGACCAGUCAACUUGCAACUGGGUGCAAAAUUCUUAACCACUGGGAGGCCAUGAAUAAAUCCAGCCACGAGACCAUAUAAGAGCAUCAGAUGCAUUUUGUAGUUAGGCAGCAAGGAAUGUUGAGACAGCUGAGGUUGCAUGCCUAGGGCUGGAGGGAUGUGUCAUCAAUAAUCCGCUUCCAAAAAUAAAAAUAACUUUGGUUGUUGAAGUA